AUGGAGUCUAUAAUUUUGCAGAAUAAUAACCAUGGCCUGACUGUAUGGACGACGUCUGUUUUUAUAGUAGGCAACAUAGCUGGUGGUGGUGUAUUGGCUCUACCAAAAGCUGUUGAAGAUACAGGUUGGAUUGGGUUCAUUUUGAUUAUUGUCUUUGGAAUAUUUUCUACCUACACUGCCACAUUAAUUGGCGAAUCGUGGGUAAUCAUUCAAGAAAGGUAUCCAGAAUAUCGGUCACAUGUGCCAGAUCCGUAUCCAGUAAUUGGAGAGAUAGCAUAUGGAAGAAAAGGAAGAAACAUUGUGAACGUUGUGAUGAACAUCUACAACUACGGCAGUGCUGUGGUAUAUAUGGUGCUAGCUGCUGGAAACAUCGAGACUCUUUUGUCAAAAGUGACAGAAGAUAUAUCGCUAUGCUAUUGGCUAAUUAUAUUAGCCGGAGUACUAGCACCACUAAUAUGUCUUGGAACACCAAAGGAUUUCUGGCCGAUAGGGGUAGGAGCUACGUUUACCACUGGUGUAGCGUGUAUUUUGAUAAUUGUCCAAUCACUAAACGACAGGGACCAGAACAUGCCUGUUUCCCAUUCAACUACAGACCCGCUUAAGUUCUCUACGUCAUUUGGAACAAUGGUGUUUGCGGUCAGUGGUCAUUCGGUCCUACCGACAAUAAUAAAUGACAUGAAGAAAAAGGAAGAUUUCAAAAAAGCAGCUUUCCUUGGAUAUGCAAUUGUAUUAAUGAUGUAUAUGCCAACAGCAGUUGUAGGAUACAUGGUGUAUGGAGAGAAUCUCAAUGAAAACAUAAUAAAAUCUGUAUCUGCUGGUCCAUGUGCGUAUACGGUAGAGGUUUUGGUUACGUUACACCUUUUGUUGGGUUUUAUUAUCUUGAUGAACCCUGUAUGUCAACAGUUAGAAGCCAAACUUGGUGUUCCUACAGCAUUCACCUGGAAAAGAUGUGUAGUGCGACCUUUGAUUGUCAUUUCAGUGUUGUUCAUUGCCGAGUCUAUUCCACAUUUUGGUUCUAUUCUAUCACUUGUUGGUGGUUUGACAACAACUCUUUUAUCGUAUGUCUUUCCGUGCAUAUUUUAUACGAAACUAUGCAAGAAUGAUCACGUGGCUGGGAUAAAUAUAACAACGAGUAAACCUGACAUACAAAAACAAUCGGAAUCACAUUCGCUCUUGGAAAGUAUAGACAGCACAGGGUCAUGGCAAAUAAGAGAACAUACCAGUACACCAAUAGAAGACGCAGCAUUCGUUGGUAGACGAGAAUAUUCCAUUACUCCAGUUGAUGUGCGAAGAGCUCUGUUGUAUAAUACAAGAAAUUCUCAUGAAAUAUUGAUUCCUCUAUGGCAGAGAGUUUUCAGCUUAGAGAUUAUAUUAAUUGGCAUCGUAGGUGGCGUUGCGGCGACUGUAUCUGCCAUUAUUGCAAUAGCUAGUCCAAAUAGUUUAUCGGUACCUUGCUAUGUGCAUCUACAAGGAAACUAACGGAUAGAGACAUGAU